UAUACCGAACUCGCCGGUUGAUCUCCCUAAACCACCCAUGGAGUAACGUGCAACCGACUUCUCAAAAACGUGUAGUUUCUUUCGCUGCACACGAUCUACGGAUUCUAAAUUCGCAUUCGCUCCAACGAGCCUACUGUUUCUUCGACAGCCGAAACUUUAUUUGAGGUGUAGCUGAGCUAGCGAGCCGGAAACUAUGGAAGUGACUUCGGAACCCAUAGCGGCGGCCAGCCGCCUCUUCUUCGGUAUCACCGACUACGUCAUCUUCAGCGCCAUGCUGCUCGGCUGCGUGGCCAUCGGUGUCUACUUUGGAUUCUUCAAGGUCGCCGUCAACGCCGAGCAGUACCUGCUAGGCGGACGCCGCAUGGCAAUUUUUCCCGUAGCUGUUUCGCUGGUAGCCAGCUUCAUCUCGGGCAUCACGCUUCUCGGCACGCCUACGGAGCUCUACCUUCGAGGCACGCAGUACGUCUUCAUGAACGUGUCCAUCUUCACAGCGCCUCUCUUCAUAGGCUUCGCGUACCUUCCUGUGUUCCACGGCCUUCGAAUCACCUCCACGUACGAGUACCUGGAGAUGAGGUUUGGGAAGAGUGCCCGGCUGCUGGGCUCGUUCCUAUUCAUAGUUGGCAUCAUAACGUGGAUUCCAAUUGUUAUCUACAUGCCAGCUCUCGCCUUUAAUCAAGUGACUGGCAUCAACGUGCACAUUGUGACUCCGAUCGUGUGCGCCGUGUGCAUAUUCUACACCUGCGUGGGCGGCCUUAAGGCGGUCGUGUGGACGGACGUCAUCCAGACAGUACUGAUGUUCGUGGCGGUCAUUCUGGUGAUCGUCAAGGGCACCUUCGACGUCGGCGGACUGGGCACGGUCUGGCAGCGGAACAUGGACAGCGGCAGGAUAGAGCUGCCUGACCUCGGGUUCGACCUGACGGCCCGCCACAGCUGGUUCGGCUUCCUCGUGGGCGGCUUCUUCGGCUGGUUGCCACUCGGCGUCUCCCAGAUGGCGCUGCAGAGGUUCGCCUCCAUCGAGAGCCUGCCCAAGGCGCGCCUGACAAUGUGGAUGUUCCUGGCUGGUGCGUUGUGUCUCACUUUGAUGAGCUGCUAUACUGGUUUGCUCACUUAUGCAGUGUACCAUGACUGUGAUCCUCUCACUACCAAGCAAGCGACAGCCAAGGAUCAGUUGCUUCCGCUGCUGGUGAUGGAAACCCUGCAGAACUUGCCUGGUAUGCCGGGAAUCUUUGUUGCGGGUGUUUUCAGUGCCGCCCUCAGCUCCAUGUCGACUGCGCUGAACUCUAUCUCGGCGGUGGUGCUGGAGGACUUCUUCAAGACGUUCUACGGGCAGGACGCGCUCUCCGAGCGCCAGACCGACAUCCUGCUCAAGAGCGUCGUGGUGAUCUUCGGCAUCAUCUGCACGUCGCUCGUGUUUGUGGUCGAGAAGCUCGGCACAGUGCUGCAGUUGUCUAUGUCGCUGUCUUCGAUGACCAACGGUCCAGUGCUGGGUGUCUUCUCCGCCGGCAUGUUUUUGCCCUGGGUCAACACUUGGGGUGCGAUCUUCGGAGGGCUGGCAGGUUUGAUCUUCAUGGGCUGGGUGGUGCUGGGCUCGCAGGCGGUCAUGGCCGCCGGACUCAUCACCAUCCCCAGCAAGCCGGUGUCCAUCGCGGGCUGCAGCGCCGACCUCCUGCGCCACUUCAACACCACGGCCAUCACCGCAGCCGCCAACAGCACCAUCACGGCGGACGCUGCAAGCUCUGUUCUGCCCAUCUACCGAGUGUCGUACCUGUGGUAUAAUAUGAUGGGCCUAGUGAUCACGCUGGCGGCAGCGGUGGCCAUCAGCCUGGUCACCGGGAAAAGGGACCUCGCCUCCGUGGACAGGAGUCUGGUGACGCCUCUGAUGCGGUGGGUGCUGCCCAAGGGCCGGAGGGCGUCCGCCACCAGGGUGGACCGCGUCCGUAGCAGCAUCUCCACGUACGAAGGCUACAAGGCUGUCAAGAUGCAAAUGGUAUUUACAGACGAACAAAAGACGAAGGAGGAGCUGUGAUGCAGCGACAACUAAGACACACUGUGUGUGAAAAUGUUGGAGGUCUCUCUGAUAGCACAAGUGUCAUCAAGCACGGGACUGUUCAAGCCAUCAGCAAAACCAAUAAACAACACAUUCUCGUGGACCUACAAGCGGAAUAUGUGCAACACGAUUCUACGCCCGGAACAUUAAAAUUCGGGGUUUCAAGAGUUGAUGUUUCUCAGAUUGAGAACCAAUUGACUACUGUACAGAAAGUUUGAUAUACUGUUUUUAAAUGCAUUAUGUGAAAUAUCCAUACCUAAAUAAAGAAUUGUUGAUUUC